AUGAACGCAAACAAUAUUGCUCAACAAAGAUAUGAUCAUGCAAGACAGAUCAUUUACAACACUAUAUUACCACGUAUUUAUCAACUCAUUUUUGAAACUCCUCAAUUUCCAUUUUGGUUUACAUCAAAUUGCUUGUGGGCAAUUUGUGUAGCAUCCAAAGCAACAGAUGGUAAGAAAUUCCGAAUUCCACUUAGUUUUGUGUUAACUGCAUUAAUGACAUUUGUUCCAACAGAAUUAUCAGCAUUUUUCAUUGGAAAAGAGUCACCACUCAAGCAAUCACUUUACUCAGUUUAUCUUUGCAUAUUAUUAUGGGCAAUAACUGAGAUAUAUACAUCAUCACUCCUUCAAAAAUUCAAAAAAUAUCUAGGAUUAAUAGCAGCACCAUUACACACAUUUAACAUGAUGAGAAUAUUACAUUACUAUACUGAUGAGACACGCAAAAUUUCAUGGGAAUCAGCUUUAGUAUGCGGAAUUUUAUUAUCAAUCUCUGACAUUGCAAUUGAAAGAAUUUUCAAAUUCUUCAUUAAAGGAACUGAUUCUCCAUUCACUCGUGGAACGGCUUUUCUCAGAAUCAUUUCUGCUUUUGUAAUUUUCUUUUUAUUGACAGAAGAAACUCCAGCAAUGAUCGUAUUUGGUGUACUCCCAUAUAAACCAGUUGGUCUUGUCAUCGCAGUUCUCUAUGCAUCAAUGGAAUUUGCUGUUCUUGCAGAUGACAUUUUUACACCUAAAGAGAAGACAUAUUAA